ACCUCCAUCGUCCGUGGUGUAUUUCCGGUUGAAAUAGGUCACUGUCUGUCUGUUCUUGUGUGAACGUGCUUGGUUACGUGUUUCUUUUAUUUGACUGCGUUCUUAAACUUUACAUAAAAAUCUGUUUAUUGUUAAUUCUCGUCUGUUGUCGCGGGUCUCCCUCGGAGUUGUCUCGUCACUAAGAAGUUUGUGGCUUUAAAAAGCGUCACCUCUGCGCUGUCUCUUAGCUUUAGCGGGAUGUUGUCGGUGUGGAGCCUGAAGCCACUGCUGACGUCAAUCUCCCAAGUUUCCCAUCAUGCCUCUGUGUGGACACGGCCCCUUCUCUCCAGAACCAUGGCCACGUUGAAUCAAAUGCACCGGCUGGGAAAACCUAAAUCUCCGCCCAAAGCCUUGGGAGCAACGUUCGGCCGCCCACAGCUCAAAGCUGUGAUCCUGAAGACAAUGAUCCGGAAACCCAAGAAGCCCAACUCAGCCAACAGGAAGUGCGCCCGUGUGCGUCUGUCCAAUGGCAAGGAGGCAAUAGUGUACAUUCCUGGGGAGGGACACAACCUGCAAGAGCAUAAUGUGGUGCUGGUCGAGGGGGGGCGCACUCAGGACCUGCCUGGUGUCAAGCUGACGGUGGUGAGAGGAAAAUACGACUGUGCACACGUGGUGAAGAAGAAACAGUAGGGGGGAUGAUGGCACAGCAGGGACUGUUGAAAAUAUAAUUUUGACUUUUUUUAUAAAAAUGAAGACAUCCCAGAGAGACUGCGAACCUGCUGUGAUAUUUUGGCUUUCAUCAUAGGAUCUCAAUUGUUGUUCUGGACUUUGAGACAAGUUGCUGCUGUUUAAACAAUAAAUAUUUGUGAAUAGAGCUCACUUUAAACAAUGCCUUUAUUUUGAAAGGCAUUUUUUUGGCUUCAGUGGUUGUAUGUAGACAUUACACAACAGCAGGCGCCCCCUACUGUCAAUAUGGUCGCGGACAGAGGCUGUCCUGAAAACAGGAGAAGUGAUGCUUUGUUUAUUAAAGACUCAACUAAUAAAAA